UCAGUCAGCGGGACAGUACGACGCAAAUACCUGGAGCCCCGACAUCGUAUUUAGCCAGCUUGGAAUUCGAAUAUUGAACGCGUUUUUAACGUAUAUUAUCAUUUAGGGGACUAUCGCCGGUUUGAUAUUGGCUUGCAGGUAGUCAUGGUGCGAUAUAUCGCGUGUUUCACGUUCCUGGUGGCCUAUUUGUUUGUGGUGCCAAUGGACGCCUGGCGAGGGAACCUCGCGCCUUAUAUUAAGGAAGUGGUGUCAGAGUGUCGACUAUGCCUGUGUCAAUACCCUUGGGGAUGUUCCCUUUGGGGAUGGUUCAAAUGUACGGUUUGGGAAACGAAACAACGCUGUGCCAAUGGCUACGAACACAAUGGAAACUAUAUAUGCGAUAAACCAAUUUGUUCGCCAAGAUGUCUAAACGGUGGCAGGUGCAUUGAACCAAACAAGUGUAGAUGUAACGAUGAUGCGAUUGGACCGUUCUGUGGGACUGAACUCUGCUCACGUAACCACCCUUGUUAUCCCGGAGACUGCUACGAGAACUCGAAAUGUAACUGCACUGAAGGCUUUGACAAGACGACAACUAAUCGCUUGCCUUCAGAUCCCGGCUGCAUGAAAAUUGCUAACAACAACAAACCCUUUAUCGGAAGAUCAACCACGAAAAUAUCACACUUCCGGAACACGACAGAGGAGCUUCUUUACUUCUUCCAGUUGGAUGCCACAGAUGAGGAUCCACAGAAACGAGUUGUCUGGAGCAACCAACAGGUUUUCAAUUACCUCUCAUUUCAGUUCGAAGCCCGAUACGUGGAACCGCAAACAAUGCCCGAAAGACCAACAUACGUGCAUGGCUUCAAAUACGGAAUCGUAGGUGGAGAAGUGGAAGUCAAUGUGUUCGAUUUAAAAAAAGAGAGCGCUGGUCAGCGUGGGACCUACAUCUACAGAUGUCCUGGUAUCAGCGUGUCUAAUCCCACGCAACUCAUGAACUGUUCCAUCCCAGACAAACCGUUCAAGACGCUGAUCGAGCACGGAGACACCAUGGAAGUGACACUGACGGCAUACAGCGGGGGCCAGCGCAAAAUUGUAUUACCUGAAGGUGAUGUCCGCACUGAGAACAUCAUUGGUACCGAGUACACGAAACAGAUGGAGUUCAAGUUUGACUUUGAGCCCGCUGUGCACUGUAGUAAGAACUCAACAUUCACCUGUCAGCCAAAUGCAAAUGUCCUGAAGGCUACGCCAGAAUUCACCAAGACGCCGAUAGUGUUGGAAUGGGAGGGUUGGGUGGACACGGACCAAUACUCGGCGGGGGUGGGGGCAUACCGCCUGGAGCUUCACCGGCUCGAGGUCAAGGACGCGACAUUGGAGCUCACGGAGGCUAACCCAACCUUGCCCCUCCUGGAGAAUCGCGUCGACCACACGAAGAAUACUAUGGGGCAGAACUUGUUCCGUACCACAUUCACACCGCCAGAACCAGGCAUGUACAGCAUCGUGAUGGAGGUGACGGACAACGCCAACAACUCCAUCUUCACUCGUCGGUUCGCCCUGUACGACAACGUAUCCAGCGUGACUACCAACCCUCUCAGUGCGCAUGGUCUACAUGCAACUUCCGGUGCAAAGGAAACCGGUUACCGCUGGCAGAUGGAAACUAAGUCGGUCAAACUGAACUGGACGGACUAUUUUGUGAACAAAGUUCAUCACGAAAAGAAGUUCCUGAACAAAAUCAAAAAGUUCCCAACUCUUUUUGACGACCUCGAAUCAAUUGGAAUCCGGAACGUGAAAAAGUUCGUGUUUGACUCUUACGAUGACACAGAGGGCAACAGGACAAUGGACGCUAUUCCUAACGUCAAUGGGAUUACGCGAUUCGAGUACGGUUACGUUGUAAACCAGGCCAGUGAGCAAGCUCCUACCGUGUGGAACACUGGUUUGACGCAGAACGUUGAUCUUCCAGUGUCAACCAAUCACGGUGACACUGUAACGUUAUGGGUUCGUGCGUUCGAUAUACUUGGCAACAUGUUGGAGAAGAAGACAACAGUUACUAUUGAUGUCACGCCACCGGAGAUCGUCUCCAACCUAGCUGAAAACAAAACAUCUUCGUUCACGCCAAAUGCUGGAAAGACGGAUGGCGGCUAUUACUAUAGCAGUUACGAGUUUUACGCCCGAGAUAAAGAGAGCGGCGUAUACCAGAUAGAACUGGAUGUUAACAUCACCAUGGCGGAUAUCGGCGAAGUUCGCAGAUUCCAGCAGGUGGUGAAUGGCAGCAUGGACAAGACCAAGUCGCCAUCUGACUCGGCCUGUGUACCGUCCAAAGACCCGGUCACCUGCUUCCUGGAACGACAGAAUGUCCGCCUGGACAACUGCUGGUUUCUGGUCCCGAAGAAGGACUACAGCAUCAAAGCGGGAGCCACUGUGACAGUGCGUGCCUUCAACCAGGCGCGACAACCGGUCAAUACAACGUUCGAGAUCAAACGGCUGAACUCAUUGAAAGGACUCGAAAUAUAUUCUGGGCCUGAGAACAUCCGGAUCACCAACAAGAGGCCAGACAGCUUCAGGAUCCAGUGGGACCUUCCUACAGUUCGUUCGUGCUACGAUAGUCAACCCAUCGUCAUAAAUAUAUCGUUCUCUGAUGACACGCAGCCCAAGAAAUACUAUCUGACCAGCACCACGACCUUCCUGGAUGUCGCGGGUUUGACGCCCAACACGGUGUAUAAGAUCUCCUUCUACACGCAACUGGGUAGUGAGACAGACGACGUGAGUGAGGCGUUCGCGCAGAAAUCAGUACAAACAGCGUCGGGUUUCGCCGUCAAGGCCGCCCCGAACUGCAAACUCACCGUGACCUUUCAAGGACAAGAAAUACCUGACGGUGGUUUCGUGCGAGCCACUAGAGGUCGGCUGAAUAAGGUGUACUGCAGCGCCAUUUGUACUGGACCUGGGACCUCGCCUGCAUUGCAGUUCUCCACAAAGGACAACUUGAUUUCUACGCUUACUUCGAAGAGGAUAUACAGCGUCCGAUCCACACACGACAGGAACGCCACCCUUAACGUGCAAAACAUGGUGGAGUCCGACGAGGGUGUCUACUACUGUAAAUGGAGGAUAAAUGGGGGCGGCUGGCGUGUGCGUUCCUUUUCUCUAGUCUUUGCAUGCCCCAAUACCCACAUGUUAUGCGACAAUACCAAAUGUAUAAUGAAAAAGGAUGUUUGCAAUGGCGUUGAAGACUGCGAAGACAAGAAGGACGAAACUGAAUGUGCAACAUCAGAUAGAGUCACCCUUCAACCCGAGGAAGUCAAUUCAAUUCAGCCAGUAAUUGUCACAGAACAACAUCAUCAUGGUGGAGACGCAGAGCACCACACUCCUGCUCAUCAUGAGAACACUACAGAGGAUCCCCAUCCCCGCGUUGAAGAUGGCAGCAAGCACCAUGCAACAAAACAUCACGGUGAAAGUGGGCAUCAUGCAGACAAUACGACGCAUGAACAUCACCAUGAAAGUGGGCAUCAUGAAGACAAUGUAACUGAUAAACACCAUAAUGCUGACCACCACCAUCACCAUGAUCAUCAUCACGAUGAAGAUCACCAUAGUUCAGACUCUAAGCACCAUCAUUCACGCUCUAAACACCAUGACUCACACUCGAAAUCACAUGAUUCAAGCUCAAAAUCACAUGAUUCUCGCUCCAAUCACCAUGAUCCACGUUCCAAACACCAUGAUUCACGCAAACAAUCACAUGAUUCAAGCUCAAAAUCACAUGAUUCAAGCUCAAAAUCACAUGAUUUAUGCGCCAAACGCCAUGUUUCAAAGUUUGACCACCAUGAUUCAAAGUCUGAUCACCAUGAUUCACACUCCAAACACCAUGAUUCAAGUUCCAAACACCAUGAUUCCAAGUCUGACCACCAUGAUUCAAACUCUGAUCACCAUGAUUCAAAGUCUGAUCACCAUGAUUCACGCUCCAGACACCAUGAUUCACACUCCAAACACCAUGAUUCCAAGUCUGAUCACCAUGAUUCAAAGUCUGAUCAUCAUGAUUCAAAGUCUGAUUACCAAGAUUCUCGCUCCAAACACCAUGAUUCACAUUCCAAACACCAUGAUUCAAAGUCUGAUCACCAUGAUUCAAAGUCUGAUCACUAUGAUUCACGCUCCAAACACCAUGACUCACGCUCCAAACACCAUGAUUCCCAAACUGAUCACCAUGAUUCUAAAUCCGAUCAUCAUGAUUCAAAGUCUGAUCACCAUGAUUCCCAUGCAAAAUCCAAACAUCAUGAUGACAAGGCUAGUCCAGGUCAUAGUUCAGUUCACAACGGGAACGUUGAUGUCAAUAUUGACGUAGAAAUCAAUAAUUAGACUGAGUCUGAUUGCAAUUGUAGUUGGUUUACAGUAAAGCUUUGCUCCCUUUCCCUGCUAUUAGACUGUUUUAUGGAAUUUAAUUUAAAAUGAUUACAGAGUAAUAAGGAAAGAGUCUUUUUAUAAUUGUCUUAAUAUCCAUAUUUAUAUAGCACUAUUAUAUGAAAUCUACAUUCAAGAGUUUUUUACCAGUAAAACAUCUAAAAAUAAACAUUAUAAUACUAAUAAAAUUUAAAAUACAAUACAUCUUUCAUGUAAAUUCAAAUGCAAAAUUGACUGAAAAAAUCUUGUAAAGAUAAAAAUGCUUUAACUUAUAGAAUGUUUAAGGUGUGACUAAUGUAAAAGUAUGUUCUCUGAACCCGUGAUUGAUGAGUAAUUUUUUAGAAAUAUUUGUAACACUAACACCAUUAGUUUACAUUAAGAUGUAACACGUUUAUAUAAUACGUGUAAGUUUAUGUCUUAUUUUGAAUGUAUACAACCAAUAAUUCUCACAUUUAUCCCUUCUACAUACGUUUUUUUUUAAUUCAUGUUUUUGAAUUAUUGUAUAUUCCAUAUAUGUAUUCGGCCAUUAUAUAUGCAUGGCAAAAUGAAGCACUACAGUAAAAGCUUCUUUUUUUUUUCUUAUUUUAUAUUCUAUGACAACUUGAAAAGGCAUAAAAAAAUAUGAUGCAGUUAUCGUCUAGUGGGCCAUUUAAUGACUUAAUAUGCACUUGUUGCAUUAUAAGACAGAAGGCUUAUUCGGGAUCGCGUUUUACCCAGGAAAAUGCACUAAUAACUCAGUGAAAGUAGAGCAGUGUAUUUAGGAACAUUCCAAUGUUUGAGCUAUUAUAAGCAUUAUUUAUUUAAUGAACACUUUUAAUUGGUUAUAGCUAAAAAAAAGGAGAACCUUUGGCAAUGGCUUAUGCAUAUAUAAAAUAAUAAUGCGCUCUGUUUAUCUUUUAUGCACUGAGUUUAAAUAAUAAACAUUCUAAGGCGAAUAGUAUGUUUGGUAUUUUGAGACAUUAAACAUAAAUAAAUAUUUAUUUUAAUAUUUAAUGUUAUUAAUAAUUCAUUAUUCAUUCAAGUUUUUUAUUCUAUGAAAUUACAAUUAAUGAUAUCAACAAGUUUUCUAAUUGGUUAAUAUCUAGACCUCUCAACAAAAAUUGUCAUAAACACAGUGGUCCAUAUAUAAAUAAUUUAACAAUAUAUCCUUGUUGCUUAAAAUAUCCAUAUUUGCAAUUGCAUACUAUUGCCUAAAUGUUAACUCAUUAUCAGAUUUGGAAAUAAAAUGUAUAAAUAUG